AUUCGCGUAGGUGACUAUCAGGCCGUCUGCCCGGAGCUUGUAGCGCCGAACGAGCGCAAACCGGAAAUGCUGAACGAUCGAGCGCUGCUUGUAUGGUCCCCGACGAAGGAUCCUGACAACAAAUUGGAAGAAUAUAUCACCGUCGCUAAAGAAAAGUAUGGAUACAACGGUGAGCAGGCCCUGGGGAUGCUGUUCUGGCACAAGCAUGACCUCGAGCGAGCAGUCCUGGACUUGGCCAACUAACCCUUCCCAGACGAGUGGUCCGCCGAGGAUCGGGUUCUGUUUGAGCAAGCGUUCCAGUUCCACGGGAAGAGCUUUCAUCGCAUCCGGCAGAUGCUUCCCGAUAAAUCAAUUGCAAGUCUAGUGAAGUUUUACUACUCGUGGAAAAAGACCCGCAGCCGAACGAGCGUUAUGGAUCGGCAGGAAAAGAUGAAAAAGAACGACAGCUCGGAAAAUGGCAGUGACCACGGAAGCAACGAAGAAUCAGACAAUGAGGACAAGCCUUCGUCGAACAGUGCGGCAGCGGGUACGAACAGUGGCAGCGUCGGGAAUAACAACCCGAACACUCCUAACAGUGGUGCGGGUUGUGGUAGUGGCAAAAGCAAUGAUGCCGAGAACGAAACCAAUGGCAGUAGUUCCGGCCCUGCCGCUGUGGAGCGACCAGCGAGGGGUCACUCAACUGCGCCGGAUGCGGGGGUGACGUGCAGCGAAUUGCAUGCGUCAUCGCAUGGCAAGCUCUGUGGCAGUUGCCACCAUCACUGGAGACGCACCGGCGUGCUACGUCCAACGACCGGGCCGUCCUUUAUGAACAAACGUACACGGGGCUCGAACAUCCUGGGCAAAAGUGGCGACAGCCACAAGCGCCGCCCGCCCAAGGGCAUGUACAUUAACCACGACGACAUCGUGAAGCUUGCCAGUUCUGCCCAGAACAACGACGGUGGUACCGUUGGCAGUGACGGUGGCGUUAAGAAGGUUGUCCAAAAUAACGACCUGUUGGCCAGCAUGGAUCGGGAAAUCGUUUCACUCUUGACUCAAAUUCAGAACAACAAACAAAAGUCCAGUGGACUUAAGCGCAAGAUAGACGGUGCUGGAGGAACUGAAGCCACGGAAGUGAGCUCCGUCCGUUUAAACUCCCGUUGGAACAACGAGGAGCUAAUGCUAGCGGUGCAAGGUGUUCGAAUGUACGGGCGAGAUUUCCAGGCCAUUGCGGACACACUCGGUUCGAAAACCGAAACGCAAGUGCGCACUUUUUUCAUGAACUAUCGGCGCCGAUUUAAUCUGGACGCUGUGCUGAAGGAAUUUGAAGCCACCAACUCGAAACAAACGCAAGAGGUGCUGGGCAGCACGAAAGAAUCGCUAGACCAGUCGAAAGAUUCCACCGAGAUGACGUCGGACGCUACCGGUGGUAGUAAUGCUGGUGCGACUGGUGCUCCGGCUGCUGCAAGCACUGGUGGUGACGCCGAAGGGAACGCCGAGCCACCGAACAGACAGGACCAUUCCGUUGAUAAGGACAAGCAAGAGAAAUCGGUGUCGCCGGCCGGAGAUGUGGAAAUAAUGGAAGUGAAAAUUGAUCUUGUCGAUGACGACAACAACAGGGUAACUGCGACGGCGAACGGUAAAUCAAAGGAGCCGACCGAUGCGGUACUGAUCAGCAGUAAUAACAUGAUCGACGACGAUACCUCGAUCAACAACAUGGAGUCGGUCUCCGUGAACUCGCUGUCCGCAGCAAUCACGCUCGACAGUAGUUUGUCGAUGGACGUGGAUGAGGUGACGAUCACGCCCAACAUCAAGGGCAAUGAUGCUGCCGACGCGUCCAAUACUGUCAUUAUUCAGUAGAAUUACCCCAGACGCGAGCGGGUCGUAAGAAAGAGCGAACAGGGAGGGGAG